AUGUCUAGGGAUUUGAAAAACAAUUUGUUGUUUGAAGUGGCCACUGAGGUGGCUAACAGGGUUGGUGGUAUUUACUCUGUGCUGAAGUCAAAGGCACCUGUCACAGUGGCCCAAUACAAGGACAAUUACCAUCUAAUAGGUCCUUUAAACAGAGCUACUUACCAGAGCGAAGUUGAUUUGUUGGAUUGGAACGAUCCUAGUAUCUUUUCCGAUGAAUUGAAACCUAUCCAGCAGACUUUGCAAUCCAUGGCAAGUCGUGGUGUCAGGUUCGAAUACGGUAGAUGGCUGAUUGAAGGUGCCCCUAGAGUUAUUCUUUUUGAGCUAGACUCAGUACGAGGCUAUCUAAAUGAAUGGAAGGGAGACUUAUGGUCCUUAGUUGGUAUCCCAUCUCCUGAAAACGAUUGGGAAACCAAUGACUCCAUCUUGCUAGGUUACACCGUGGCUUGGUUCCUAGGAGAGUUGGCCCACCUAGACUCCAAACAUGCAAUCAUUGCCCAUUUCCACGAAUGGUUGGCCGGUGUUGCCCUACCUCUAUGUAGAAAGAGAAGAAUUGACGUGGUAACAAUCUUCACCACCCACGCAACUUUGCUGGGAAGAUACCUAUGUGCGUCUGGUGAUUUCGAUUUCUACAACGGUAUUGAACAUGUUGACGUCGACCACGAGGCUGGCAAAUACAACAUUUAUCACAGAUAUUGUAUUGAAAGAGCCGCUUGCCAUUCUGCUGAUGUCUUCACAACAGUGUCCCAAAUUACCGCUUUCGAAGCCGAGCAUCUGCUAAAGAGAAAGCCAGAUGGUAUUUUGCCAAAUGGUUUGAAUGUUGUCAAGUUCCAGGCUUUCCAUGAAUUCCAAAACUUGCAUGCUUUGAAGAAGGAGAAGAUUAACGAAUUUGUCAGAGGCCAUUUCCAUGGUAGUUACGAUUUUGAUCUGGACAACACUGUCUAUUUCUUCAUUGCCGGUAGAUACGAAUACAAAAAUAAGGGUGCUGAUAUGUUCAUAGAGGCUCUGGCCAGAUUGAACUACAGAUUAAAAGUUUCAGGAUCAAAGAAAACCGUUGUGGCUUUCAUUAUCAUGCCUGCAAAGAACAACUCAUUCACUGUAGAAGCUCUAAGAAGUCAAGCUGUAGUGAAAUCUUUGGAAAACACCGUUGAUGAAGUCACCAGAUCAAUCGGUAAGAGAAUAUUUGAUCAUGCAAUGAAGUUUCCUCACAAUGGUAUCACGAAUGAACUUCCAACCAAUUUGGACGAAUUACUAAAGCCUUCCGACAAGGUGCUAUUGAAGAAGCGUGUUCUUGCUCUUAGAAGGCCUUGGGGUGAACUACCUCCAAUUGUCACUCAUAACAUGGUUGAUGAAGGCCAAGAUUUGAUCUUGAACAAGAUUAGAGAAGUUCAGUUAUUCAACAAUGCAAGUGAUAGAGUUAAAAUGAUUUUCCAUCCAGAAUUCCUGAAUGCCAACAACCCAAUUCUAGGUUUGGAUUAUGAUGAAUUUGUACGUGGCUGUCACUUAGGUGUCUUCCCAUCAUAUUAUGAACCAUGGGGUUACACUCCAGCUGAAUGUACAGUCAUGGGUGUUCCUUCCAUAACUACCAACCUUUCCGGUUUUGGUGCCUAUAUGGAAGACCUUAUUGAAACAAAUCAAGCUAAGGAUUAUGGUAUUUACAUUGUAGACCGUCGUUUCAAGGCCCCAGACGAGUCAGUUGAACAACUAGUGGACUACAUGGAAGAGUUUGUCAAGAAGACCAGAAGACAGAGAAUUAACCAAAGAAACAGAACCGAAAGACUAUCUGACCUAUUGGAUUGGAAGCGUAUGGGUCUUGAAUAUGUUAAGGCCAGACAAUUAGCAUUGCGUAGGGCUUAUCCUGAACAAUUCAAACAAUUAGUAGGUGAGGAAUUAAGUGACUUGAACAUGGAGAGUUUGACUGGUGGUAAGAAGUUCAAAAUCAGUAGACCACUAAGUGUACCGGGUUCUCCAAAAGAUGCUAGAUCUAACAGUGCGGUAUACAUGACCCCAGGUGACCUGGGAACCUUACAAGAAGCUAACAAUGUGGAUGACUAUUUCAAUCUGAGCGUUAGCGGAGAUGGUGACGACGAUGACGAAAACUAUGCCGAACAUAAUUGA